AUGAGCGAAUUUGUGAAGGAUAUGACGAGCAAGUUUAGUAAGUUGGAGAAAUUUCAAGGAAACGACUUCAGAAGAUGGCAGAAGAAGAUGCAUUUUUUGCUUACGACUUUAAGAAUUGUUUAUGUGCUGAGUACCCCAAUGCCCGAAGUGAUGGAGGACGAGACAUUGGAUCAUAUGAGGAGUAGAAACAAGUGGGAGAAUGAUGACUACAUCUGUAGGGGUCAUAUUUUGAACGAUAUGUCAGAUGCUUUAUUCGAUAUCUACCAGAAUGUUGAAAGAGUUAGGGAGUUAUGGAAUUCACUUGAGUCGAAGUAUGUCGCGGAAGAUGCUUCUAGUAAGAAGUUAUUAGUAAGCGAUUUCAAUAAUUACAAGAUGGUGGAUUUGAGGCCUGUUAUGGAGCAGUGCAAUGAACCCUUACAUAUUCUUGGUCAAUUUACACUUCACAAGAUAAAUAUGGACGGAUCCAUUGCAGUGUCGAGUGUAAUUGACAAACUUCCCCCUUCGUGGAAGGACUUCAAGCAUACGUUGAAACAUCAAAAGGAGGAGAUAACCCUGGUUCAGUUGGGAAGUCAAUUGUACAUCGAAGAAUCCCUUCGUGUGCACGAAAGUGACAAGAACAAGGGAAAAUUUGAAGUUGGACAACUCGAUGUCCAUGUUGUGGAAGAGAAGAAAUCUGGACAAAACAACAAAGAAAAAGGCAAAAAAACGAAAGCAUGA